AUGCGGAAAAUGAUCCAGGCAAAUGGAACUUAUCCGAACCAUACUAACAAUAACCAUGAAGGAGGUAGCCAACAACCAGCAUACAAGCACUUUAUGAGUUUCAAACCAUGCGACUUUAAUGGAAGUACGGAUCCCAUGGUGGCUGAAGAGUGGAUACGUUCAUUAGAGACAAAAUUCGAGUUCAUGCAAUGCAACAACUCGGAUAGGUUAAGGUGUGCCACGUUCAUGUUCAAAGACGAUGCAAGAAUCUGGUGGCAAGGAGCCAAGUCCACCCUCAAUCUCGAUACAGCAACCUGGGAAGAAUUCAAGGCUGUGUUUUAUGUCAAGUACUUCACCUUGAACACUAGAAACAAGUUGGACAGGGAGUUCCUGGAAAUCCGCCAAGGUGAUAUAAGUGUUGCUGAGUACGUGAAGAAGUUUGAGCGGGGUAAAUAUUUUGCACCAAUGAUAACGGGAAGGAAUGACAUCGAGCUGAACCAUUUUCUGGAGGGUCUCAAUGCAACCAUAGGCCGUGAUGUGAGGCUGAGCAAUGCUGCAACAAUGAGGGAAACAAUUGAUAAGGCGCUGAUGGCAGAAAAGUACACCGUCAAGGAACAUCUGGCGCCCUCAACAUCAACAACAGCAGUAACAGCAAAAAGGACACCUUAUUCUAGACCAGCAAACCAGGCCAACUUGCCAACUUUCCCCUGCAAUCUCUGUGGAAUCAUUCAUACAGGGCCGUGUCUGCAAAGUUCCAACGUUUGUUUCCAGUGUAAGAAGGCUGGGCAUUACAAGCGUGACUGCCCACAAUUGAGGAAGGUCAUACCAGGCAGAGUCUACUCCAUGAAUGAAAAAAAAGUGAAUCCAAAUUCCACUAUUAUCACAGGUAACUUUCUAAUUGCUAAUAAGUUAGCCAUUACCUUGAUAGAUACUGGAGGAACAAAUUCUUUUAUUUCUGCAUUCUUUGUACAACAAGCUGGCUUGAAACCAGUGGAGUCCAUGGCUGUUUAUAAAAUAUCUCUACCAGCUGGACCAAGUCUUAAAACUAAUAGGUUUGUUAAAGCUUGUGAAACCCAGCUCCAAAAUCACAAGAUGUUUGUACAUCUUGUGGUGGUGGAGAUGUCGGGGUUUGAUAUUAUUUUAGGAAUGAACUGGCUACUCUGUCAUGAGGCUCAAAUUAAUUGCAAAGAUAAGUCUGUGACACUAGUUGACCAUGAUGGGAAGGCCUUUCUGUUCCAAGCUCAAUAG